CGUAGCUGAGACCAUGGAGGGGCAGAGCGGCCGUUGCAAGAUCGUGGUGGUGGGGGACGCAGAGUGCGGCAAGACGGCGCUGCUGCAGGUGUUCGCCAAGGACGCCUACCCCGGGAGUUAUGUCCCCACCGUGUUUGAGAACUACACAGCCAGCUUUGAGAUCGACAAGCGCCGCAUAGAGCUCAACAUGUGGGACACUUCAGGUUCCUCCUAUUAUGACAAUGUCCGACCACUGGCCUACCCAGACUCUGACGCUGUCCUUAUCUGCUUUGAUAUCAGCAGGCCAGAGACACUUGACAGUGUGCUCAAGAAGUGGCAAGGGGAGACCCAGGAGUUCUGUCCCAAUGCUAAGGUUGUUCUGGUCGGGUGUAAACUGGACAUGAGGACAGACCUAGCGACACUGAGGGAACUCUCCAAACAGCGGCUCAUCCCUGUCACUCAUGAGCAGGGCAGCGUCCUGGCCCGACAGGUGGGGGCUGUGUCUUACGUAGAGUGCUCAUCCCGGUCAUCUGAGCGCAGUGUCCGAGAUGUCUUCCACGUGGCCACUGUGGCCUCCCUUGGUCGUGGCCACAGGCAGCUUCGUCGCAGCGAUUCGAGGAGAGGCCUACAGAGGUCAACACAGAGGUCAGCACAGCUGCCUGGGAGGUCCGACAAGGGAGCUGAGGCAGAGAUUCGCAAGGACCGAGCCAAGAGCUGCAGCGUCAUGUGAGGAGAUCAGAUAGGGCAGCCCAGACACCCAGCUGAGCCUAAGGGGGAGUGCUGGGAGGGGGCGAAGCUCACCCAUGACACCCCUAGGACUCACCCUGGCAAUCUAGUUUAACCUGGC